AUGGUGCUGCGACUGCUGAUGCGCUACCUGGCCAACAACGAGCAGCUCAUCCAGCGCAUGGCGGACAGUUAUCCCAUGAGAAGGGCUGCUCAGUUGGUGGUUUCCCUGAUGUACCGCACCAAAAGCUUGGCCAGGGAGCAGGGACUGCACGAGAUGACGCCAGAGCGAUUCAAGUCCUUCGUCAACAUGUUCAAGAACAAUGUGCGGCAAGAACUGGAGGGCGUGAAAAAGGACCUCAACAGCAAGAAAAAAAACUAGGGAUCAGUCAAUAACUUUGAUUAAAGCGAUUGUAUAUACGCGGCAACAUAAAUUUUAGUCAACUUUAGCAAACACAGAUGAAUAAACAUUGAAGACAGAACAUUAAA